AGGUUGCCCCACAAGAUCCGGAAGCUGCACUCGGCGCUGGAGCGGAUGUUGGACCCCUCGUGGAACCACCGUGUGUAUCGCCUGGCCGUGGCCAAGAUGAGCCCCCCCCUCAUCCCCUUCGUGCCCCUGCUCCUCAAAGACAUGACGUUCAUCCACGAGGGGAACCGCACGUGGGCCGAGAACCUCAUCAACUUUGAGAAGAUGCACAUGAUGGCAAAGACCGCGCGGGUCCUGCAGCGCUGCCGCGGCCACGCCCACCCCCCGCUGUCCCCCCUGAGGAGCCGCUCCCCCCCCCCGGCAGGAGGAUCCCAGGGCCGUCAGGAUCUCCACGU